AUGUUUCGAUAUCGACGUUACCGCGCCUUUUUAGUCUUCGCUGUCAUUGCUGUACUAGCGCUAUACAAAUUUGGGGGCUCGACCGCAGCAUGGAGAGAAGCCGCAUCGAAUGCGGUUGGGGCAGCCGGCCUGAAGGGCGACGCUGAGGAGGCUCCGCAGGCGGACACGAAGCCGCGCCCUGCUGUGGCGCACGAGACGAGGAGUCUGAAGCUGGAUGUGCCCGCUGCCAGCACGUCGCAUUCGCUUCAGACGCCACCUCCCGUAAAGACUCCGGCUGCAUCGUCGACAUUGAGCCCUGCUGUCACAGAGCAGCUGCAGAAGCCCUCUAUCCCUACACCCAUCCGACCGCAGCCUCACGGCCAGCCCGCUAUCGCGAACCCUGCAUUAGAACCAUCAUCGAUCAUCGAUGCGAUCCACUGGACGAAGCUUCCGGAGCAUUUCCCCGUAGCCCCCGAAUCGCUCAUCAAGCUGCCAUCGGGCACGCCCAAAACGAUACCAAAGAUACAAGCCAAAUUCAAGGAGGAAGAUGACAUAACCAAGGUUGACAGGAUUGCAAAGCUGGAUAAGAUCAGAAGUGUGGCAAAGAAGUCAUGGGAAGGAUACAAGGCGAACGCCUGGCUCCACGAUGAGCUACGGCCACAGUCGGGCACUUUCAGAGAUCCUUUCGCACACUGGGGCGCAACGCUGGUCGACGCCUUGGAUACUCUGUGGAUCAUGGGACUGAAAGACGAGUUCGAAGAGGCAGUCAAAGCGGUGGACAAGAUCGAUUUCACCACCACCCCACGCGCAGAUAUUCCCUUGUUCGAGACGACAAUUCGCUAUCUCGGUGGGCUGCUGGCUGCCUACGACUUGAGCGAAAAGAAGUACAAGAACCUGCUAAGCAAGGCAGUGGAGCUUGCCGAAAUUCUCAUCAGCGCCUUUGACACACCGAACCGCAUGCCAGAGACAUACUAUUAUUGGAGACCCGAUUUUGCAUCCCAACAGCACCGCGCCAGUUCACACGUUGUUCUUGCCGAGAUAGGCUCCCUCUCUAUGGAAUUCACCCGACUUGCGCAGCUUACGGGUGAGCACAAAUACUACGAUGCUAUUGCGCGCAUCACGGAUCAUCUCGAAGAAUUCCAAGGCAAAAGUCAACUCCCCGGGAUGUGGCCUACAUACCUGGACGCUUCUGGGUGUGGGAGACAAUACAUCGAUUUGCCCCCUCAAGAGCCUCUCAAAGCUCCAGCAGAUUACCUACAUGAUCAGCUAUCGGCCCAGGCCGAUCCUGCUACGCCUUCUCCUACCGAGGAACUAUCUCCGGACGGCAAGAAGUACGUGCCUUUGGACUUGCCAGAGCCAGUCAUGCUUGCGUCAGACGAUUCUCCAGUCGGCUCGGGCGCAAAGGAAGAGUCUAUAAUCCCUGGAACGGCCGGGAAGGCGCAAAUCAAGAACUGGGACAGUAGUCCGGUGGAAAGGCGACAGCUUGAUAUCGACGGAUCUGAGCCACCAAAGGGGGCGCUCAAUGCCCAGGAGCCCACCUCGACCUCAUCUGCCUCCAGCACCAGGCCGACACCCCCAGAAUGCAUACCCCAAGGAUUCACAUCGAGCUCCAGCUAUGGCCGCGAAGAGUUCACGCUUGGCGGCAUGUCAGACUCUACAUACGAAUAUCUACCAAAACAGUACUUGCUCCUCGGUGGUCAGAUCGAGAAGUACCGGUCCAUGUACGAACAGUCGAUGGACGUUGUCAAGAAGCACUUGCUUUUCCGACCGAUGCUUCCGAAAGGGGAAGACGUUCUGUUCUCCGGCAAAUUGAAUGUCCCGUCUGGUAUUGACGAUGCUAAAAUUGGUGACCUUACCGCUGAAAACGCGCAUCUCACCUGUUUUGCCGGUGGCAUGUUUGGCAUGGGCGCAAAGCUAUUUGAUCGCCCCGAUGAUCUCGAGAUCGCGAAGAAGCUGACGGAGGGCUGCGUCUGGAGUUACAGCAUGACACCAACCGGCAUCAUGCCGGAGUCGUUCGAGGUUGCCCCUUGUGAGGACAGGAAGGACUGUGCGUGGAACGAGACUGCUUAUUGGGAGUACAUCGACCCACGGUACGAGUCUCGAAUGGAGAGUUACAAGGAGCAGCGCAAAGUAUACGAGUCGCAGAUUCACUCUGCUUCAUCGUGGUACGAAGCGCAACUGGCUGCUAUGACCGCACUACCUACACCUACCCCAGCUGCUGCAGUUGAAGCCAAGGCCACGUCUACCAUGGUAUUCGCUGAUACGCUAGAUAAGCGUCAACUCGCCGGGCUAGUGGAUGAUGUGGAAAUUGCACACAUGCCGUCUGCUUCUGCGAGCGCCCUGCAAGAUCACGAAUCGGUUAUGGGUGGGGAGUCUGAGGAAGGCGAGGGUCCGCCAACCAAAGUUCAACCUGCACUGAACAUUGCGGAACUUGCGCCGCAGCCUGAUCUGACUUUGCCAAACUUCCCAUACGUCUACUCGCCACAGCCAGUCCUGGACCACAAAGACUUCGUCCAGAACAGGAUUCAAGAGGGUCGUCUGCCGCCCGGCGUUACAAGGAUCGGGUCAAAGAGUUACAUCCUCCGCCCCGAAGCGAUAGAGUCUGUCUGGUACAUGUACCGCAUAACCGGCGAUCGUCACUGGCGCGACGCAGGUUGGCGCAUGUUCCUUGCCAUUGAGCAACAUACGACCACUGAGUAUGGUAACUCGGCCAUUGACGACGUUACCAAGCUAGUGCCCGAACUCAGCGACGAGAUGGAGAGUUUCUGGUUAGCGGAGACACUGAAGUACUUCUACCUGCUGUUUGCAGAGGAAGAUGUGAUUAGCUUGGAUGAGUGGGUAUUGAAUACCGAGGCACAUCCUUUCAAAAGACCUACAUAG